AUGAACGUCCCUACUCGCCGCCUUGCCAGGGCCGCUGCGAGCGCUACCAUCACACCCUUGCAAUGGCGCCUUGCAAGCUCUUCACGCCAAGCUGUGAAAACUCCUCCAGCUCAGGUCCCGUCACCCCGCGUUACAAAAUCAUAUAGACCGACACAAAAGCCCGGCACUUCAUCCAAUGCUUCCUCGCCGCCUCCCCCACCACCACCUCCCAAAGCCGACACUCUCCUCGACAUCUGGCGCCGUGCCUGGCUUCCCCUAACCGGCGCCUCCGUCCUCGCCGGCUUCCUAGGCUUCUACAUCUUUGGCACCACCGCCGCAUCCCUCAGAUCCUCCCCUUGCUCCUCCUCCUCCUCCUCCUCCUCCUCCUCCUGCGAGCAUGCCACGCCCACAGGCCGACCCCCCGCCCUGAGCGGCGACAACGCCGAGCAAUUCGACAAGGAACUCAACCUCCCCGAAUGGUGGAUGGGCAUCACCAAGCUGCGCAAGCGACUCGCCACCCACGCAAGGGGCAACGUCCUCGAGCUCGCCAUGGGCUCCGGCCGAAACCUCGAGUACUACAACUGGGAGCCCCUCAGCACCGCCGUCGAGGCCGCCCGGACCGGCAAGAUCCCCCCGCCAAAGAUCCCCCAAGGCAUCACGUCCUUUACGGGCCUCGAUAUAUCCGUCGACAUGCUCGACGUGUCGCGCAAAAGCCUCGCCAAGUCCGUCCCACCAAUGUCUUCCUCCGCGCCCAUUGUCAAGGCCUCGUCCAUGGCCGACCACACCGGCGGCCAGCUCUCCUUCUUGGAUGGACACGUUCGCCUCGUCAACUUGGACGCGCACCACCCGCUGCCCCCGCCCGCUCAUACCGAUAAAUACGAUACUAUAAUCCAGACCUUUGGCCUCUGCUCCGUCUCCGACCCUGUCGCCGUACUGUCCAAUCUGGCCAAUGUCGUUCGGCCUGAUACCGGCCGCAUAGUCCUCCUGGAACAUGGGAAAGGAUACUAUGGCCUUGUAAACGGUCUACUUGAUAAGAAUGCAGGGAAACACUUUGCAAAGUAUGGCUGUUGGUGGAACCGAGACAUUGAGGCCAUUGUCGAGGAUGCCGUGAGCAAGACGCCUGGUUUGGAAGUGGUGAAGCUUGAGCGGCCAAAUAUAACACAGAUGGGAACGCUGGUUUGGAUCGAGCUCAAAAUGGCAGCAGAAGCCAAGACGGCAUAAUCCUUCGACAGGAUCAAAUUACAGCGCAUAAUCGCGGGCAUAGACAACAGGCGAGAAUUACUGGCUACUACACCCCAGUGACUGAUUGUCACAUUUCAUUGUACACUACCUAUUCUUGGACGACCAAGCAUUCGAGAGAUGAGCGGGAUUUGUUCUUAUAAUUGAGUGGUUUGCUCUUUUGUAUGUAUUCCUAAAUUUUUUUAAACGCCUCGCCCAUAAAUUUCCCCGCUUGGCUCCUUUUGUUCUCCUUGUUCAUCUCAUCAUCUCCUUAGUAUAAUCAGAAUCAUCAUCUAGUAUAUUUAC